AUGGCUCGGCGCGGAUGUGGUCAAGGUAGAAAACCCUGGGAGGGGCGACCCCGGUCGCACAAUCGCUGGCUCGCCGGCGAUUCAAACUACUUCCUGAACUUCAACUCCAACAAGCGUAGCGUCACGCUCAACCUGAAGACCGAACGAGGCAAGGAGCUGCUGCUCGACCUGGUUAAGCAGGCAGACGUCGUCACUGAGAACCUGUCGCCCGGCGCGAUCGAGCGCAUGGGACUCGGCUACGACACCCUGUCGGCAGUGAACCCGCGCAUCAUUCUUGCCCGCAUCAAGGGCUUCGGCACAUACGGACCCUACAGCAACAUCAAGAGCUUCGACCCAGUAGCGAAGGCGGCAGGCGGCGCAUUCUGCGCGACCGGAGAAGCCCGAUGGUCCUCCCAUGAAACCGGGACACUCCGUCGGCGAUUCCGGCACCGGAAUGCACGCCUUGGUCGGCAUACUCGCCGCCCUCUGGCAGCGCCAGACGACCGGCAAGGGCCAGCAGGUCGAGGUCUCCAUGCAGGACGCGAUGUAACACCAAUCCCUGAGGAAUACGAAGCCUUCACGAAUGUGCUCGCAGACCUCGGACAUUCCGGCGUCAGUCGCGAGGUCGGAAAGCUUAAAGCAACGGUAUUCGACGAAGGCAAGAUAAUUGUCGCACCAGGAGGGCUGGGGAAAGCGCAGUUUGGCGUGCAGACGCAGCACCUCAUCGACAAUCUCGGCAACAUCAGCGUAGUCGUGUGCGCUCGCGGACCCUGCGGCGGCUAG